AUGCCUUAUCUGACUAAAUCGCUAUUUUUAUUCUUCUGUCUGGUGGUUACCGGGGAAUGCCGUAAUCACGGACACCGAGUACGGAGAUGGACGGGAACCGUGGAGACGGCAAAGCAUGGCACAGAGACAGCAAAUCAUGGCACUUCCUUGACAAAGAAGCCUCCAGAUGUGACCAAAAAUUGCAAGCUGAAGACAGAGCAGCUUCUGAAAGUAGAUGAUCAUGAUUUCACCAUGAGGCCGGCAUUCGGAGGCCCGGCUAUCCCUGUCGGAGUGGACGUACAAGUGGAAAGCUUGGACAGCAUCUCAGAAGUAGACAUGGACUUCACCAUGACUCUGUACCUGAGACACUAUUGGAAGGACGAGCGCCUGACCUUCACCAGCUCCACCAAUAAGAGCAUGACAUUCGACGGGCGUCUGGUGAAGAAGAUCUGGGUGCCAGAUGUGUUCUUUGUCCACUCCAAGAGAUCCUUCAUCCACGACACCACCACAGACAACAUCAUGCUCAGGGUCUUUCCCGACGGACACGUCCUCUACAGCCUGAGGGUGACAGUGACAGCAGCCUGUAACAUGGACUUCAGCCGCUUUCCUUUGGACACCCAGACCUGCUCACUGGAGCUGGAGAGCUAUGCCUAUACGGAUGAGGAUCUGAUGCUGUACUGGAAGAGUGGGGAUGAGUCCUUGAGUACGGACGACCGUAUCUCCCUUUCUCAGUUCCUCAUCCAGAAGUUCCACACCACCUCUCACCUGGCGUUCUACAGCAGCACAGGCUGGUACAAUCGUCUGUACAUCAACUUCACCCUGCGGAGACACAUCUUCUUCUUCCUGCUUCAGACCUACUUCCCUGCCACCCUCAUGGUCAUGCUGUCCUGGGUGUCCUUCUGGAUCGACCGCAGGGCCGUCCCAGCCCGCGUCUCGCUGGGUAUCACCACAGUGCUCACCAUGUCCACCAUCAUUACUGGAGUGAACGCCUCCAUGCCCAGAGUGUCCUACAUCAAGGCUGUGGACAUCUACCUGUGGGUCAGCUUCGUGUUUGUCUUCCUAUCCGUGCUGGAGUACGCUGCCGUCAACUACCUGUCCACCGUGCAGGACCGCAGGGAACGUAAGAUGAGAGACGAGAUAAGAGAGAGGGCCAGGUCACAGUCGCUGCCCUGCACCUGUGGCAUGUCCCAGACCAGGACCAUGAUAUUAGACGGGAACUACAGCGAGGCGGACACCCACAGCCUGGCCGGCUACACCUCAGGAACUAUGGUGUCCGAGGAGGAUGUGGAGAUGCCACAUGAGGUGAUGGACGAGAAGCAGACUCCUGGGGAGCACAUAGUGGUCCACCUGUCUGUCAGUAGCGAGUCCACAACCACCAAGAAGAAAGGUAUCCGGGCCCUCAAAAUCAUCCAGAAUACACAUGCCAUCGACAAGUACUCCAGGAUGUUAUUCCCUGGCUCCUAUAUCCUAUUCAACUUCAUCUACUGGUGUUCAUACUGUAUAGGAGCGUAG